AUUCUGCUUGUCAAUUUUUCAACAUUGCCUCUCAUCAUUUACUUGAACCCCAAUUGGUUUUUCCCUCCUCCCCACCCCCGUUUUUUUAUUCUAUUUCAUCAUCAUCAGUUGAAUCGAUCAUAGUAUAGUGCUACUUAUUAUAGGGUCUUCACUUUUAUGCAAAUUUUUCUUGAUGGGUUUUCCAUUCUGCACAGCUUAAAAGCUCAAGAUUUUUUGUUCUUUUCCUUUCUCUUCUCGCUGACAUAAAUCCGACUAGUCAAGCUUACCUGUUUCAGAAGAUGCAGCAUCUAAGGAGAACUGGGUUUUUAUUACUGAAGAAUAAUAGGCUAUCAACCGCUCUGAAAUCCUGCAAUGGCUUGGGCGAUUCUUUUCUUGAUUAUAUGCCUACAAAAUAUGCAUCAAAUAUGGGUUUUGCUCCCUUUUCAUCUACGUGCAUUGGGGAGCCUGGAGCCAGCAGCUUUGUUAGAAGGGAAAUGAUGAAUAAUGGUGCAAAAUAUGUCAGAGAUGGAAGCUAUGCACCUAGGGUCAAACAUGAAGCCGGGGGACUUCCUCUGUUACUCAAAAAGCAGUGGACUAGGAGGAACUUCAUUACUUCCCAGUCGUCAUUUCAACCAGCCAUGAUGAGUCAAAUAAAUUCCAACAUAUCUUCCUCAGCUAGAUCCUUUUCAUCAAAGGCAUCUGAUUCAAAGGGUCAAAAUGAAUCAGAGACUCGCAAAGAUAUGUCUACUGUUGAAGAUCCAUUUGAUGCUCCAACAUAUAACAUCCCUGAGAAGCCAGUGACAUUUGUAGAAGGGGCUUCCUACACUGUAUUCAUUCUUGCAGGACUUGGAGUUGCUAUUGCUGCGGCUUAUGCAGUUCUUACUGAGCUUGUAUUUGAACCAAAGGAGUAUAAAAUUUUUGGGAAGGCUCUGGAGAGGGUUCAAAAUGAUAGCCAAGUAAGGGUGAGAAUUGGAUCCCCCAUAACUGGUUAUGGUUCAGAAAGUAGGAAUCGAGCUGCUCGCCAGCGCAUUCCAAACAGGAUAUGGACCAAAGAUGGUGUUGAGCAUGUUGCGGUUGAUUUCUACAUUCGCGGCCCCCAUGGAGCUGGCAAAGUUUAUGCAGAGAUGUUCAAAGAUGAGGACAAGCAAUGGAAGUUUGUUUCUUUGGUGGUUGAGCUUACAUCACCAUCUCGGCAAAUGCUUUUGCUGGAGUCAUACAUCCCAGCCUGAAAGGAGUUACAUACAUUGUUCGAUCGGAAAUUUGCUGUACCCGUGGAUGUCAACCAGAUUUCUAUUACGUUGGAUUUCUCCUGUUUCUUUUCAUUCACCACCGAGUGACGGUAUUGGAAUGGGCUUUUUGAUGUCCGAGGCAAUUGGAAUAUAUGGUAGCAACUUUACAAUGUAGCACGGAAUAUUUAGCUGAUCUGAAGGUAGUCUACACUCUUUAGGGUUUGGAUAUCUGCCUUAUUUUUUUUUGUCCUCGUUGGCAAAUUUUUUUGCCACCUCUUGAAGUUGGGCAGGGUAAUUUAUGGUGGUUGGCUGUUGUUGGGAUUUAGGUUUAUGUGAACUGGCAGACGUUGAUUAAAUGGGGUUUUCAACCCCCUCUCGUUUCAUUUUUGUUAGAAGCUGUAGGAUGGAUUGAUAAUUCAGUGUGGCAUCUUUCUAAUUCAACACAAGUUUCUUCCUCGUGAUUUAACUCUUCUUAUACAA